CACCCCCCAGCUCUCUCACUCUCACACCCACACACAGGCACAGCGCCGCGCCCCUCCCCCAGCUCUCGCUCUCACCUCAGUUCACCGCCACCGCACGCUCGCCUCCAUCGCCGCGCCUCUCACCGGAUCCACCCGCAUUGUGUGCUCUCGCCGGAUCUACCACACGCUCGCGUCUCUUCCGCUCGUCGUCCCUCGCGUGCUCAUCAGCAGCGGUCUUGCUCCCUCUGCCUCGUAUUCUGCUCACCUGGUGUGCCCCACUGCUCGCGUCUUGCCUCCCUUCCUGAAGCUGUGCUUCCUGGUGAGUGCUCGCGUCUCGCCUCCGUCCCUCCCUCGCCUUUCUUCCGUGGGUGUUGCUGCCUGCACUGCACUGCUUGUCUGCCUGCACUGCUCGAUUCUGCCGCUGCAACAACAGUCAACAGAACACCAGCUGGCAAUGGCGUCGAGCUUGCAGAAGAUUGAAGUGGACGAGUCUGUCCUCUUGCGUGUCACUCAUUCUAACCUCAAGACCUUCACUCCUGAAAUUCGUUUCUCCCUUCAGAUGACAGUGGAAGCUGUGAAAGACAAGCUAUGGAGAAAAACUGGUACUUCUGUGGAGUCCAUGCACCUCGAGCUCUAUGAUGACGCGCGCAACAAAAUUGCUGAUCUGACUGAUAAUUUCAAACCUCUUGGCUCCUAUUUGCCUAUUGAUGGGUUUUGUUUACAUGUUGUAGAUCUUGAUCCAUCAUCUGUUACAUCUGGUGGCUGGCUGGAAGAUACUUCAUUGGUGGAAAAAUAUACAAUAUCUGAAGAAGCCUAUAAUAAGCGUGAAGGCACUUUUAGAAAGUACAAAGAGAAAUUGACUCCCAAAACUCCAUCAACUAUUGAGGCAAAGAUACCAGACACCCACAUGGAAGAUCUCUGUGCUAAUAUCAAGGUCGGAUCAAGAUGUGAAGUUGAACCCGGCGAGAAAAGGGGUGUUGUAAAAUUUGUUGGUCGGGCUGAGCCACUGGGUCCUGGUUUUUGGGUUGGAGUACAGUAUGAUGAACCCUUGGGCAAACAUGAUGGCAUGGUUAAGGGGGUACGUUAUUUUCAAUGCCCUCCGUCGCACGGUGGAAUGGUCAAGCCGGAAAAAGUUAAGGUUGGUGACUACCCUGAACGAGAUCCCUUUGAAGAGGAUGAAAUAUGAGUGUUCUUGAGAAGCAGCUUUCAACAUAUAGAUUACCGUUUUUUUAUAGUCAAAGACAUUAUUUUGAAGGUUUACACUUGUAGAAUUUCGAGCUCCUUUAUUUGGUGUUAAUCAUUUGUUUCAAUGGAACAUUCAAGAUUGCUGCUAUCUUAUUACGGCCAUGUGUAAAAGGAAACAAGACGGAGAGAAUGUUGAAUUUGGAUCCGAAGUUUUGAGAGAGAAUAUAUUUUUAAAAUGCUCAAA